AUGACGGCCCUCACUGAGCUCGUCCUCGGUAAAAGUGUCUCAAGAAAGCAAGUACAUGUGGUCAAACCUUGCAAAGUUGUAGACUAUUUACCUCAGUGUCAUUUCCUGCAGCAAAAUCUUCGCCUCCAUGUUUUAGUCGUCCAAACUCUGGACUUUGAGGCCCUCUCGGUGUGGGUAGCCUGUCGCUGUUUGAGGGCGGCUGGAGGAGCUUCAAAACCUGUCCACAGAGGCCAUGUUGCCUCUCUUUUGAAUUUAAUACUACUUUUUAUAAAGCCUCUUCUACCUACGCCCCCGACAUUAGCUAAACUACUAAACUACAACAGCGUGCUUCUUGGGUGCUCAGAGGAAAUGUCAAAUGUACGGAGAUACAGCCCAAUUGGAGCAUCUGAGCUAAACACCGGGUAA